AGAUUACCGAUCGCUCCACCCAUUUCUACCUUUUAUGCUUUCGAUGACCAUAAAAUAGGACCUACGUAUAUCGAAUCAAUACGAAUAUAAAUUAUUAAAACCGAACUGUGAUCGAAGUGAGACGGAACGGAGACGGAACGUAAACUAAACUGAGACUGAACUGAAAUGUGUGAAUCGACCUUUAAAUGUAUAAUGGCAUAUAUAUAUCGUUUGGUCUGUCUUUUGUAUCAAUCACAGACGGUAUAGUCAAUAAUUACCGAACUAACAAUCGAUAUGUAUGCAAAGUGAAUAAACUUGUUCGUUAAAAAUUUUCUCGGUAAUGAAUAAAUCGAUUGUUUUAAUAAAAAUGCGAGUUCUCCAUCAGUGUUGGGUAGUAGCGAAGAAGUCGACUUAACCUCUAAACAGUAUGACGAAAGAACUGCAUAAAAGUCUUAUAAAUUACUUUGUGCAUCUAAAGAUAUUGGACGAAAAAUGGUUGGAAUUAUUCACAAGUGCGGAACGACCAUUGCAAGCUUUGAGAAAUCAAUGCGAACAAUUACGUUUUGUUUCGAGUAAAGAUGUCGAUAGCGAAGAAAUCUGUAUGAUCGAUUACGCGCGAGAAAAACUUAUUUUUAAAAUUUUCAUGGGGAUAGAAAAUGAAAUUUCGCUUUUAUCAGAUAUGUUACAGCGUUUAAAUGACGCCAUUCAGGAUUUAAAAAAUCGAUUAACAAAUUUGAAUAAAUCUAGGAAUAACGUUUUGCUACGUGACGAAGAUAUGAAAGAUAUUAUAAAUGGAACACCUUAUAGGCCAAAAUUAAAUUUACUUUUAGAAUGGGCUAUCGAAAGCUUUCAAUAUUAUCACGAGUUAUAUCUUUUUAUUAAUGAAAGCAUGAAAGCAAUGGAUUAUAAAAAUGAAGAAUCAAUUGAUAAUUUUGCAGACUCUUUUAUAGAAGAUCGUUAUAAAAGAACAAAAUUAAAUAGAAUAUUAGCUUUUACUCAAUUUUUAAUAAUGGAAAAAGUUCAAUAAAAACUUUUGAACAAUUUGUAC